ACUAAAAGACAUCAGCCAGCGAGUAGGUAUAGAUAUUUGUCGUUAUGAUUAUUCCGAGCCACAGUACGGCAAAGAUGUUUGCGAUCGAAUUUUAUGCCCCAUGAAGACAUGCCUCCGACGAUACUGCAACGAAGGUCAUGACAUACUAUCUGCACGAGAUAUGAGAACAGCACUUUCAGAAAGACCCGUCAAAGGUACGUCUGCGUGUGUCUGUACAGUGGACGAAGGAAAAGAAACCCUUCAAGUUAAAAAAAUUGACGGCUUCAGCAAGCUACAUAAUGUUAAAUUUGAGAAAAAUGGCAUUCGUGUCUGGAAAUCCUACGGAAUUGGUCGUGGUAAGAAGAUUUCUUUCGAUCAGCUAGUUUUUCAAAGCCAAGAGAGUACCGAUAUUAAGGUAUGCGAUGACUUUUUUAACCUUAAAGAUACGCGACUAUACAAUUGCAAAAAGGCUGCAUCAGACAAAUCUCAUGGGGAUAGCGAUUCGGAGCAAGACAUUUUUGAGUGCUCAGAACCAGGAUGUAUGAAGAGCUUUAAGUCUUUCUCUGAACUGGAGUUACAUUUAAACAUUGGGGACCAUUCUAUAAAUGAAGAAAGUAAGGAGAGAAAGGAGACACUUUACGACAAGUUAAGAAGGGACUGGGUUGACAGGUUUACUACAGCGGUCACCAUAACUGACGAAGCACAACGCACCACUGCCAACGAUGGAAAUAAGAAUGAGUUAUCGACUUCAAAACAUACUCUCCCAAUGGGCUGGGCCCUGACGAAGCCUCGAAGCGGAUCAUCAAGAUUCUCUGAUCACGUCAAAAGCUACUUAACUGCAAGAUUCGAUAUUGGAGAGCAGACGGGGCAUAAGGCAGAUCCUCAAAAGGUUUCUACUGACAUGAGAAAUGUGAGAGACGAGCAAAAUAACCGUUUGUUCACAAGAGAAGAAUGGUUAACCAAAAACCAAAUACAAGGUUUCUUCAGUCGCCUUGCAGCCAGCAGGAGAAAAAAGCAAGGGAUGUCAACAGAAACUGACCACAGCAGUAAGGGACUCCAGCAAGAAGAUGAAGAGCAUGAACGUCAAGAAUUGAUAGCAGAAUUGAUAGCUYGAGAAAUAAAGCCGCUUCAUCCAAUCUCAUUUGAAGCCUCCAAUCUAUGCGAAUACGCACAAGAAAACAAGCUGGGCAAAUUCAACGUGAUAAUGCUGAAAGAAAUCUGUCAUCACUUUGCCAUACCAUUCAAAUCAAAGUACAGAAAGAAAGAUCUCAUUUCAGAACUUAUGUCUUUCAUCGAGGAAUGCUCGUGUUUUAAAAAAUAGUGCCAGUGAUCACAUUCAUGCCAUGUUCAGUAUAUAUAGAAAAUAUUAGCUGGCUUGCCUUGAAAGCCAAAAAGUGUGUUCAUACAAAACCUAAAGAAAAUAUAAGGUGUCAUUUAAUAACAAGCUCUUUUCAAUAGCAUUUACUAGAAGUUUAAAGUGACAAAUAAUUCGUUGCUAAAAUUAAUUGUAUCAGCGCUUUCAAAAAAAAAUUACAAUUAGCAAGGUUGUUGUCAGCAUA